UUUUAUUUUUAUUAUAAGCACAAUAACGACGAUUCCAAUUGUACUAAUAUUGCGCAGAAACAUGAAAUUGUAAUAGUUACUCCUUCAUUUUAAUUAUAGAAUUUAUCUCAUUUUCUUUUUAUAUAUUUUUGUAUAUUUUUGUGUGAUGUUUCGUCAUUGUAGUUGUUAAAAAAAUUGUGUUACGUUCUUAAUGAAAAGUUCUUAUUAAAGGUCAAUUUUCUUUUAGGAUCAAUUUUGAUUUCUCCAUGUUUCAAGAAAGUACAUAAAGGUUCGUCUUUCAAAGUGUUAAGUCAAAAUUGAAAAAUGACACAAAAAAUGAAAAAUGUAACAUAAAUUACGCUAUAACAUUCAGAAAGAAUUUCGAUGGAACAACGAGAGUCAAUAUUCAUCAACGCGUUUCUGAGCCGUUACAUCAGAGAAGCAAGCGCUAUGUACACUGAUAUAAACCGCGGUAAACGCGCUUGCGGAGUUCAUAGACCCAGCUGGGGACAUUAUCUGGCUCGUCACACAGCUCGGAAUAUAUAGGUGCCAAUAUAUAGACGGUGUAGCGCGUUUUCCGCACACUUUCCAAAGAAAUAACUAUCAUUCGGGAAAGCGGCACGUGGCUGAGAUUCGCAUAGCCGGCGCUCACGGCGAUUCUCACGAGUCCGAGCCUUCAAUUUCAAUCAACUGCAUAAAUCUCAGCGGGCCGAGAUUCACCGCGCAAUCAUUCGCAAUUAUCGCGAACGCGUCAUUAAGUCCCACGUCUUCCAUCUGGCUCGGCUCGGGAAUGAAAGAAUCGCCGUUCCGUUAUCGCCGCGUCCGCGUUUUGCGUUAGAUACGAUUUACAAUAGUAAUCCUGAUAUAAUACGAAACGGAGCUACAUUGUUCGAUGAUACAAAGUAUAUGUGAAUUAAAUGUAACGGUGCGGCACCAACACAUAAAUAUAAAAAAAUACAUAGCGCAAAGUUAAAGGAUCGCUGAAUUUCUGCAGAAAAAUUGUCGAUCUUUGAACUGUUAUAACUUUGCGAAAAACAAAUUGUAUAAAAAAUAUAAAACAUUCCAAGGACAAAUUAUACUUGGUAGAAUUUGAGAGAAACGAACGACGACGGAAAUGAUGAUCCAUCGGUGGUGAUGAUUACGUCAAUCGCGGAAUAUUGAUCGUUAUUGGCAGAAGAUCGUCUUCUUCACGCGAUACGUGUUGCACGUCAGUGUGUCAGGUAUUGGAACAAUAGGCCAUAUCGUUGUCCUCCUCCAGUUCGCCCGCUGUUUGGUUUCCUCCUUCGCGUCUCGCGUCCUGCAAGAGAGACAACUCCUGGCCGAUCCUCUCUCUGUCAGUGCGUACUUCACCCUCGUGCACGACACUUAUUCGAAUCCCGCGAAUACGCUCGACGCUCGACGCUCCGUUUUAUGUAAACAAAUAAUUGGUCAAAUUGCUCAUUCGCAAUCUUCGAAUUAAAUUGUCCAAUUAAAUUCUCCAAUUAUUUAUCUAACAUAAACUUUCUAAAAGGACAAUUUAAUCACUUAAAUAUCACGUAAAUAGAUCGAAUUCCGAUAUAAAUAAGAGUAGCUGUUUUUUUUUAUCUUUCUCUUUAAUCGUUAAUUCGAAUUUUGUGAGGAAAUGAGCGAAUGUGAUAUGCCAGACUCGCGUGGGCCUUAGAUUGCAGUGCGUGUCGCGCUUUCGACGAGUAGAGUUCCGUCGGAUUGUUAAGGGUUGAUGCGAAGAGAUCGCUAUUCAUGAUGAAUGCCGAGGAAGUUAAAGUGGGCUGCUUUCAAAUAGUGCUGGUGCUGCUGCUCGGAAUAAACUAUGUCAUCGUCUCUAUGAGCCACGCGUUGCCGGUGUUUUAUAAUUACACGCCGAAAUUUUAUUGUCAGGCGAAAAAUUCGACGAAUAAACGCUACGGCUGCCACGGCGCCGUGAACUCAUCGAUCGACGCCAACCUAACUUCUGCGGCACCGGAAGCACCGGUCUUCGCGUCCUGUUCCGGCGAAUAUCGCUUUAUGACAGACUUUGCGGAGAACAGUGUAGUCACCGAAUGGGGCUUAGUAUGCGAAAAGCAUUACCUAUCUCUCCUAGGCCCAACCGUUUACUACAUCGGGGUGCUUCUGGGUGCAUGGGUCCUCGGAUUUCUAAGCGAUCGUAUCGGCAGACUUCCCGUCCAAGCGAUAUGUCUUUAUGCACAAGGCACGAUGGCGGUGGCACUCUAUAUUGUACAGAGCUAUCCCGUGUUUCUCGCGCUACGUGGUCUUCAAGGAGUGUUCAUUCAAGGUCUGCAGAACUCCACAUACAUUCUCUCCUUGGAAUUAUUCCCAGCGCGAUCUCGCACUCUUGUCGCAUUGAUUAUGCAGAUCUUCUGGUCAAUCGGCCUCAUACUUCUCGCUGCGCUCAGCUACGUGAUCCCCGAUUGGCGAAUUUUACAACUAGCCGUUUCCGUGCCAACUGCCGCUACUGUGUUAUACAUUUGGAUUAUACCGGAAUCACCGAGAUGGUUGCUAGCUAUGGGAAAAUUGACAGAGGCCGACAUGGCGUUCGAAAGAAUCGCCAAGUAUAAUGAGUGCUGUAUCAGAUUGCGAACGGAAAACGUCCCUAUACACGAGGCGUGUGUGAAGAGUAAUACGACACCGAUAAAACCGAAAAGGAAGUCGCGAGUUACCAGUCUUGAUUUAAAGAAAGCGAGAACUGAGAAAGAUCAGCGAGAAGAAGCGGCAAAUUUAUUAAAUGAAUCGAAACCGAUCGAACAAAAAGUUACAAAGGAGGCUGCAAAAGCCAAUUCGGCGAAUCCAGAAAAUAGAUUUUCUAACGUGCCAUUACGUCGAAAGACGCCAAGUUAUACAGAAGAUUGUGACAAGAAGAAUUUGCCUUCAAGUUCGAACUGUGAUCGUGAGUCAAGAACGGUUCCACAAUCAGGAUGCGAUCAAAGAAUCUCUCUGAAAGCCGCGGAGGAGGUGGUGUUGCGUAGAACGAAAAAAGAAAAAACGAGUGAAAAUGAAGAAAAUGUGAGAAACAACGUCGAGAAAGAGACUUCAAACAAAAUAGAUUCAGUGUUAAAGAAUACGUCUGAAUCAUCAACGUUAAAAAAAUAUGGUUCCAUAAUGAUAUGCCAAUGGUUGACAUCUGCGAUGGCAUAUAGCAUACUUGACGAUCUGGCGCCGAUUUUUCCAAUUAACAGACACGUCACGUUCGCCUUAGGUGGAGCUUUUGAGAUAGCGGCGUACACAUUUACGUAUUUCGUGCUAUCUAGAUACGGUAGACGACUGCCGAUGUGUAUAUACCAAUCCUUCAAUGGCAUUAUUUGUAUUUUAAUUGCGGUUUUCCUCAUUUUAACUACCACUGCGCCGUGGAUUGAUUACGCAAAGACGAUAAUAUUGCUGUUCGGCAGAGUGACUGUCGCAAGCACCAUUUCUAUCGCUUACCUGUACACUGCUGAAACGUUUCCAACAGUUGUACGAGGUAGUUGCUUAGGCUUAUGCGUGGUAUUUGCAAAAAUCGGCAGUCUAAGCAUGCCGUAUUUGAUAUUAUCGGGACAACACAUGCCUCUUCCGAUAUCGUUAUUAGCUGUUGGCAUAAUGUGCCUCAUUUCCAGUGCUUUGGCUCUGAUUUUAUCGGAGACAUUGAGAAAAAUUCUACCAGAUCGAGCGGCUGAUGUGGAGAACGUAAUUGACGAAAGUAAUCGUAAAAGUGAUGAUAUUGAUAUUAAAAAUGACACGAGGGAAAACGAUUUGACACAGAGACAAAUUUUGAGGGAAAAGCUCUUCUCAGAAGAUUGGGUGGAUGCUGGCAAUGGGAUUCUAGUUAAUUUUGUGGAGAACAAAAGUACCGAGUAAUUGAGCGUUAAGAUAAAACGGGUUUGUGUAAAAUUGAUCGAAUUUAAUGAAUAUUUUCAAUUCGCUUCUUUUGCGCAAAACAUUGCGCCAUUCGUCAGUGUAAAUUUGUAAAAGAUUAGCUUAUUUUUAUUAACUAGAUAUAUAUAUAUAUAUCACGUAUAUCAUAUAAAAAAUCGUAUGUUGUGCAUGUACAAGAAUCAGACGAUAUUAUGUCAUAGUUGUGACAACAGAUAUUUAUUAUACUUUGAAAAAGAGCACGUGAGAACGUAUUAAAGGAUAUAAGAUUAAUAAUUAAUGUCGGAAUAACUCG